AUGCAACUUUUCAAGGUCACAAUGUUUUUGGCCGCUGCGGCUUGUGGACUGGGUGCAGUAACUGUAGAUCAGGCCCAGAAGCUCAUACGAUGCGGAGGGUGGCAUCCCUCGUGCUACUGCACAAUAAAAGUCGUGGGUGUCAAAGACAAGUGGGAAGUGAAAGAGAAAUGCGUGUAUUCGGGGAAAGGCCAGCACAACUUUGACCCCUGUAGGGUGUAUUACAACACCGACUCAUCGAGAGAGGCCUGGUGCUGUGAGGCAGGUUUCCAGCCUGAACUCGAUAUGCCGAGUGGCCAUGCUCUAUCGACGAGCGUCAUGAAGCACAACUGCAAGCGGAAAAACCCACAAUGAACCUCACCUAUUGCCUUGGGAUUUCGAUAUCAAGCAGAAAUCGAAUCCGUCUUCGCCAAUUUCCACCUUUUGAAGUAUUUCCUCAGCGUCAGAAAAAAAAUCAGAAACCGAACGGAACUUAUCUCUUGUUCCCCGCCACAAAGACUGAAGCACAUAUCAGUUUUCAAUCAUUCCUUUGU